AAUGGAGAGAUGGGUGAGGAUGGAGUAACAGAAAGAGAAGAGGAGAGUGAGGUGGUAGUUGAUUUUGAAGAUGAGGGAGGAGAGAUGGAGAAGAGACAGUUGAGAAAGAGGAUGGGGAGGGCAGAAAAAGAGGAGGUAGAGGAGGAAGAGGAGGCAGUCGCAAUUGAGGAUAGGAGAGGGAGUGAAGAGGAGUUGAAGGACAGGAGAGAGAGGGAUGAGAAGGUAGAGGAGGAAAAAAAGCAGAGAGGUGUGAUGGAGCCGGCUCUGUCUCUCGACCUCGUCAGCGUGACAACUGACCCUGUCGGCAUGACGACCACCACUCAUGAGGACUCUGGGUACCUGAGCUCUGGGAUGGGUUUCUACUGUCCCCCUGGACCUCUCCUAUUCCACACUCAGCCUAAACCUCACCCCCAACCCCUUCUGCCCAGUGGGGUGAAGCGCCCACAUAGUGUCAGCCCCCCUCCCCCUCCCACCCAAAGCCUACAGGUAAAGGUGGCUCGAGUGUACUCUACUCGCCGUUCGAUUGGCUACAGCGCCCGGGGGCGUGGCCAGGUGCUUCCCCUCCCCCUGUUGCCCGCAGUAACCAUGGGAGACCCCUCCCUAUUGCCCUCCCUGCCCAAGAAGAAGACAAGAACACUCUACAGCACUGACCAGUUGGAGCAGCUAGAGGGAAUGUUCCAGGAAGACCACUACCCAGAUGGAGAGAAGAGGAAGGAGAUUGCCGCCACGGUGGGCGUCACGCCCCAGAGGAUCAUGGUGUGGUUUCAGAACCGUAGGGCCAAGUGGAGGAAGGCCAGUCGUUCUACAGUGAAGCCAGAACACAAACAGACCUGCAGCCGCCUUCCUAACCCCAACCCCACCCCCCUCCUUGCACCACACCCACACCCUAGGGCUGCUGCAGGACACAUCGUCCCCUUCCUCCCUCCCGCUGGUCUCUCCUUACCUCCCCCUCCUACCUCCCAGGCCCUCCCUUCCUACAGCACCCUGCUAGCCAGCCUCUCAUCCAGCCCUACAGGCAGUUCAGGAGGAGAGAGAGGGCUACCGUCAGGACCUCAGGGAGGGUCAGUGGAGCACCUACCUCCUAUCAUCUAUAGCCCACCACCUUUACGACGGGCCAGCCUCCCCCUCCUGGCUACCUUCCUGAACCCCCCCAACCCUACCCCCACCCCCACUCCACCAACCCCGCAACCCACCCCAACAUCGCCUUUCUUCAUGGAUGUGUUGGAGCCCCACCCCGCCAACAGAGACACACAGGGACUCACCCUGCAGACUGACUCUGGUUCUCUGUUUGACUACAGCAGUGAUCUCCUGUCCAGCAGCAGCAGCUCAGUGAAGAUUGAUCCUCAGCACUACCUUACCUCCAGCCACCAGGGUGGCGCUACAGUCUCCUACCAGCCCCAGGCCUCCCGCCUGGCCUACCUCACCCCCUCCCCCUACCUCAACCCAAACCCCCCUGAGGGGAGCGCCCCUCCCCCCUCCUACCUCACCUUUGGUCCAGGGGGUGGGCCUGGGGUAGUGACCUAUGCAGCUGGAGGCCACACCUACUUCCAGGCACAGACAGGAGGGGGACAGAUCCUACUGCAGUCUGGGAUACACGGUGGUAUCACCGCCUACCAGUCGUACCCGUGGGAUCAGCUCUACAGCCACCCAGCAGUCAUUCAGCAGCGUAACCAGUGUUCCCAGUUUACUACCACCACACUGGGGGGCCGAGACCACCCAACCUCCUCCUCCUACCUGCCACCCACUUACUAUCCCCACUCACACACACACUCCCAGAGACCCUCUCACACACACCUCUACCCAGGCCCAGGUCCUGCCCCCAGUUUCUACCCUGCGACCCCCCCACCCCAGAGGGGUCAGAGCCCCCACACCGCCCUUGGCCCUCCUGGAUCCCCCCACUUGUGUGAAGGCUGAGAAUGAGAGCCCUCCCCAUAUACACAGCAGCCACUUCCACUGUGACUUCUCACCCAUACUCUUCUGACAGACCUGGGGGUUGUUAUUCCUGUCUUCAUAUCUUGCUUAGUUAAAUAAAGGUUAAGUAAAAAAAGAAAAAAAAUGUGUGUGUGUUUUCUGUGUGUUGUUUA